GUGCCCGCCGUGCGCCACGUGGCCAAGGACCACGUGUUGGCAGCGCCAUGGCCUCGGCGCCCAAGAGGCCCAAGGUGGCUGCCGGGAGUAGCGCCCGAGAAAAGGGCAGCACCGACCCCCUCUCCGGCUUCCUGGAGUGGUGCAGGCGGGCCGGGGUGGAGCUCAGCCCCAAGGUCCGCCUGAGCAGGGAGGGGGCGGUGGCUGGAUACGGUAUGUUGGCAACCGAGGAGCUGGCGGUGGGAGAGGUCCUGUUCACCGUCCCUCGCGCGGCGUUGCUCUCCCAGCACACCAGCUCUAUCCAGGCGCUCCUGCGGGACGCCCAGGAGUCCCUGCAGAGCGAGUCCGGUUGGGUGCCUCUCCUGCUGGCCUUGCUACAUGAGUACACAGCCAGCAACUCCCACUGGCAGCCUUAUUUCUCCCUCUGGCAGGACUUCAGGAGCCUUGAUCACCCCAUGUUCUGGCCUGAAGAAGAGCGAGCGAGCCUGCUGCAGGGCACAGGCAUCCCGGACGCAGUGGACAAGGACCUGGCUAACAUCCACCUGGAGUACAGCUCCAUCAUCCUACCUUUCAUGGAGUCCCACCCCAAAAUCUUUGACCCCAAGCUGCACACGCUGGAGUUGUACAAGGAGUUGGUAGCAUUUGUCAUGGCCUACAGCUUUCAGGAACCUUUAGAGGAAGAAGAUGAAGAUGAGAAGGGGCCCAAUCCUCCAAUGAUGGUGCCUGUAGCAGAUAUUUUGAAUCACGUGGCCAAACACAACGCCAACCUGGAAUACGCUCCUCAAUGUUUACGAAUGGUUACAACGCAGCCCGUCAGCAAAGGACAAGAGAUUUUCAACACAUACGGGCAGAUGGCCAACUGGCAGCUCCUACAUAUGUAUGGCUUUGCAGAGCCAUACCCUGGCAACACCAAUGACACAGCCGACAUCCAGAUGGUGACAGUCCACAAGGCAGCACUGCAGCGUGCCAAAAGCGAAGCGCAGCAGCAGCUGGUCUCAGAGCAGUGGGACUUCUUGUGCCAGCUGGAGAUGGUAGGGGAGGAAGGCGCCUUUGUGCUUGGCUGGGAUGAGGUGCUGACAGAGGAAGAGCUGUCCAUGACCCUGAAGGUGCUGUGCAUGUCAGAGGAAGAAUUCAAGGAGUAUAAGGAACAAGGUGGCUGGGAAGAUGACAGUGAGGAAGAGGAAAACUCUAGCCUUUCUUACGAGGCUCUCUCCAGACUUAAACCCCCUUGCAAGAUGCUCCUUUAUGACAGUGUGCUGCUGACCCUGGAGUCCUACAGGUCAGACUUGAAAGCAGAGCAGGACUUGCUAAAUAACAAAGAGGCUUAUGAGAAACUGAGUCGAAGGGAACAGCAAGCUUUGCAAGUGCGCUAUGGACAAAAACGGAUCUUGCAUCAGCUCCUAGAGCUGGUAUGCUAGAAACCUUGUUGCCUCUGGAAAUGAGCUGCCUAAAACUGCGCUCAGGAGAGGUCAGCCUUUGGCCACCUCUUCUACAGCAGCAAGAACAGAUGGCAAGAUUAAAUAUGGGUCCACUUGUCCCUCAAACGGCAUGUGGCUUUUUAGCUACCUCUACAUAAACAAAAAAAUCUUCCACAGCACAGGAGUGGUUUUGGGUGGCCUUAUUUAAAACUAGAGGUCUGGUGCACACCUUCCACCUUCUUCUAGAGGACUUAAGUGCACCCUGAUCUCCUAGUUGCUGCUACAUGAAGACAGAGAAUACAGAGUAUUCUGUACUCUGUCAGAAUAACAAGUGGGUUCCCUCAUUUAGCACUAGAAAUUUAAGGCAAUAACUACUCCUUGUCCACAGGAAGAGGACCAAAAUCCAGCUGGUAACUUUUACCUCACAGAGGUUCAGAGUAAAUACCUGGCAUGUGGAGAAGCUGCCAAACAAAACUUUUCACCUGUAUUUUGUUAAUACUGAGAAUUUUAAAGAGUACAAGCCCAUGCAUCUGGUUUCCAUGUAGGCCCAGUAUACAAGGUAUUUCCUUUUACCUCUGUAAAAGGCAUUUCUGUAUGGGCUUGAGUCUACUCUAUAAAGAAGCACCACCACAGUUCUGCAGCUGCUGUAGGCUCAGCAUUUGAUAUACACCCUCCAGUUGAUACAGCUCUUCCCUGAACUCAGGCAUUGCCCUGUAUCACGUUUAGCAUAAUAAAAUUUUUUGCCUCAGCAGUUUUUGCAUAACAGAACACUGAGGGUUUAGAGGACAACCUAUAUUUAGUAAAGACUUUGUUUCUUACCCA